AUGGCAUAUGGUCACUUGUUGGUUGGCGGCUGCUGCGAUAUGGGCAACCAAGGUACUACCUACCUAAAUGUAGGAGGAGAAUCCGAGGAUGUUUGCAUAUUUAUUUACUCAAGGGCUGGGAUUGAUGGAUGGAUAGUUCUGGCGGAGGAACAUCCUGAUUGGCUUUUUCAGUCGCAACUCAUAGUCGAGGCAGGCAGCUACAAUGGGAUGGGAUUAGAUCCGAGGAGGCGCGGCGGCCGGUGCAUUGAUUCGCUCGCUACCUCUAACCACAUAUGCAUCUACGCGUAUCGGUUGGUCCGGUCCGGUCUGCAUCUCCACCCCCACAUCCCCCUUUGGAUUUAG